UGCUUGAGGAUUGAGUUUGCGUUGAGUGGUGGAAUAGAACCCUUAAAUUCUCUUGAGGUCUCACUUUGUCUCACCACACACCGCUUUAUAUACUUUCGUUAGAGAGGGCAGCACUACUCUCUUCGCCGCCUCUCCCUCUUCCAGCUUUGACUCAUUUUUUGUUGGAAAAUAAAGACUAGUCAAAAUGGUGAAGUUCACAGCCGAAGAGCUCCGUCGCAUUAUGGACUAUAAGCACAAUAUCCGUAAUAUGUCUGUCAUUGCCCAUGUUGACCACGGAAAAUCAACUCUCACCGAUUCUCUUGUUGCCGCUGCUGGAAUUAUUGCUCAAGAGGUGGCAGGUGAUGUCCGUAUGACUGAUACCCGUGCUGAUGAAGCUGAGCGUGGUAUCACAAUCAAGUCUACGGGUAUCUCACUCUAUUAUGAGAUGAGUGACGAGUCUCUCAAGAAUUUUAAGGGAGAACGUAAUGGGAAUGAGUAUCUCAUUAAUCUCAUUGACUCCCCUGGACACGUUGACUUCUCAUCUGAGGUUACUGCUGCACUCCGCAUUACUGAUGGAGCCCUAGUCGUGGUGGACUGUGUUGAAGGAGUCUGUGUCCAAACUGAAACUGUGCUACGUCAAGCUCUGGGAGAAAGGAUUAGGCCUGUCCUGACUGUCAACAAGAUGGACAGGUGCUUCCUUGAGCUCCAGGUGGAUGGAGAGGAGGCUUACCAAACAUUCCAGAGGGUUAUUGAGAAUGCAAAUGUGAUCAUGGCUACUUAUGAAGAUCCACUUCUGGGUGAUGUUCAGGUCUACCCAGAGAAAGGAACUGUUGCUUUCUCUGCAGGGUUACAUGGGUGGGCUUUUACCUUGACGAACUUUGCCAAGAUGUAUGCUUCAAAGUUUGGAGUUGAUGAAGCCAAGAUGAUGGAGAGGCUCUGGGGUGAAAACUUCUUUGAUCCAGCCACAAAGAAAUGGACCAGCAAAAACACUGGAAAUGCUACCUGCAAGCGUGGGUUUGUUCAGUUCUGCUAUGAGCCCAUCAAACAGAUCAUUAACACUUGCAUGAAUGACCAGAAGGAUAAGCUGUGGCCUAUGCUGCAAAAACUUGGUGUCACCAUGAAAUCUGAUGAGAAGGACCUCAUGGGUAAAGCAUUGAUGAAGCGGGUGAUGCAAACCUGGCUUCCAGCAAGUACUGCUCUAUUGGAAAUGAUGAUCUUUCAUCUUCCCUCUCCAUCAACUGCUCAGAAGUACCGUGUGGAAAAUUUGUAUGAGGGUCCUCUUGAUGAUCAAUAUGCUGCAUCUAUCAGAGCCUGUGACCCUGAUGGUCCUCUGAUGCUCUAUGUGUCAAAGAUGAUUCCAGCAUCUGACAAGGGUAGAUUCUUUGCUUUUGGACGUGUGUUCUCUGGCAGGGUUUCAACUGGUUUGAAAGUGAGGAUCAUGGGACCAAAUUAUGUUCCUGGAGAGAAAAAGGAUUUGUAUGUCAAGAGUGUUCAACGUACUGUCAUUUGGAUGGGUAAGAGACAGGAGACUGUUGAGGAUGUGCCAUGUGGUAACACAGUUGCUUUGGUGGGUUUGGACCAAUUUAUCACUAAGAAUGCUACAUUGACGAAUGAGAAGGAAGUUGAUGCUCACCCUAUUAGGGCCAUGAAGUUUUCUGUCUCCCCAGUUGUGCGUGUUGCUGUUCAGUGCAAGGUUGCCUCAGAUCUUCCCAAACUUGUUGAAGGUCUCAAGCGAUUGGCCAAAUCAGAUCCUAUGGUUGUUUGUACAAUUGAGGAGUCUGGUGAGCACAUUGUUGCUGGAGCCGGGGAGCUUCAUCUUGAGAUCUGUUUGAAGGACUUGCAGGAUGAUUUUAUGGGUGGAGCUGAGAUCAUUAAAUCUGACCCGGUUGUGUCAUUCAGGGAGACUGUACUGGAGAGGUCAUGCCGCACAGUGAUGAGCAAGUCACCCAACAAGCACAACCGUCUGUACAUGGAAGCAAGGCCAAUGGAGGAGGGUCUGGCUGAAGCCAUUGAUGAUGGCAAGAUUGGACCAAGGGAUGACCCAAAGGUUCGUUCUAAGAUCUUGUCUGAAGAGUAUGGCUGGGACAAGGAUCUUGCUAAGAAGAUUUGGUGUUUUGGCCCAGAGACCACUGGACCCAACAUGGUGGUUGAUAUGUGUAAGGGAGUGCAAUAUCUGAAUGAAAUCAAGGAUUCUGUGGUUGCUGGAUUCCAGUGGGCAUCAAAAGAAGGUGCAUUGGCUGAGGAGAACAUGAGAGCUAUUUGCUUUGAAGUAUGUGAUGUGGUCCUUCACGCUGAUGCUAUCCACAGAGGUGGUGGUCAGAUCAUUCCUACUGCCAGGAGAGUGUUCUAUGCUUCACAGCUUACUGCUAAACCAAGGCUUCUUGAGCCUGUCUACCUGGUUGAAAUCCAGGCUCCUGAGCAAGCUCUUGGUGGUAUCUACAGUGUCCUCAAUCAGAAACGUGGACACGUCUUUGAGGAAAUGCAGAGGCCAGGUACCCCACUCUACAACAUCAAGGCAUAUCUCCCUGUCAUUGAGUCUUUUGGUUUCUCAAGCACAUUGAGGGCUGCAACAUCAGGCCAAGCUUUCCCACAGUGUGUCUUUGAUCAUUGGGACAUGAUGUCCUCUGACCCAUUGGAGGCUGGAUCACAAGCUGCACAACUUGUGGCGGAUAUUCGCAAGAGGAAGGGCUUGAAGGAACAGAUGACUCCUCUAUCUGAGUACGAAGACAAGCUUUAAAAUGUUUUAUUUUAGAACUAUUUAUUUUUCAACUUAUUAGCUGAAUUUAUCUUUCCAAACCUUAGUUUUAAAUUUUUGUCGAGUUUUGUUUGUGGUUUUGUCAGUGACUUGUUGUACUUGUUAUUUGUGCUUGCAUCGAUGUAUUUUUGUUGCUCCAUAGGAUUUUGCAUCGAUGUUGGUUCGAACUAUUUGUGCGAAUUUUGCUUGAAAGAUACUAUUUCAAUA